AUGAGACAAACAGCAUAUGAAAGGUGUGAAAAUCAUGCAUCAUAUCAUCCUUGGGUUGAGUCGGCCAUCAAAGCUAAUAGUCAUCAAAGAAAUAUUAACAAGAAUAAAAAAUUCUCUAAUAGAGACCCACCAGCUGCAUGUAUAUCUCUUCCUAUUAUUGGAGGGUUGUACAAGUUGAAUGGAUAUCCACCAGAACAAGUUUUGAAGUUGUCUAGAAAGACUGGCAAGAUGAUGUCCAUAUGGUUUGGAGAUAACUACACGGUGUUUAUAAAUGAUCCCGUACUGGUAGAAGAAGUGUUUGUAAAGAACCACGAAGUCUUUGGAGACAGACCUUUUCUCCCCAGCCUUAGACUAUUAUGUGAUGACUAUAAUGAUAUUUUCACCAGUGGCUAUGAGACUUGGCAUCCAAUUAGAAAGGCUUUGGAACCAUUUUUCACAAAAACAAAACUUAAAUCAUUUAAUCAACAUGUUGAAUUGCAUGCAGAUAAUUUAGUUAGAAAAUUAAAAGAAUAUGCUCAAUCUGGUGAACCUGUUGACCCUUACCCAUAUUUUAAAAAAUAUUUCUUUGGGAUCAUUAUUAAAUUUGUAUUGAAUGUUGACUUGGCCUACGAAGAGUCACCAAAUGAAGGUAUCAUGAACACAAUGUUUAAUCCAACCAAUGAAUUGGUUCAAAAAAUUGCAUCUUGUGCAGUCUUUGAUACCAUCCAUGUUCUCAGUCCCUUAUACUAUCAUUCAAUGAGAUCAUUUAUUCAAAAGGAUAUGGGUGCCAUUAGAGAAAUUUGUAAACAACAUCUCAUUCAACACAAAAGUACAAUUGAUAAAAAUAAUCCAAGGGAUAUGUUGGAUCAAUUGAUAUUACUUCAUUUUGAUGAUGAAUUAAUUAUAAAUCUAGUUUUUGAUUUAUUGAUUGCAUCGGUUGACACUCCUUCUAGUACAUUGGCAUGGUUCAAUUUAGCAAUGACCAACCAUCAACAUGAACAGGAAAAGGUUAGAAAUGAACUGAGAUCAAAGUUUUCGUCGAGCUCUGAUAUCAAACCAACAGAUGUGAACAAAACCCCCUAUACAUGUGCUGCUCUAAAGGAAAUUUUUAGAUUGGUUCCCCCUGGGCCCUUUGGCGUUCCCCGUCUUGCAAGAAGAGAUAUAAAUAUUGGUGGUUAUUUUAUUCCAAAAGGUACUACAGUACUUGCUAAUUGGCAUGGAAUACAUAGAGAUAGUUAUGAGAAUGGAGAUAAAUAUCUUCCAUCAAGAUUUCUAAAGGAUCCAGGUCUUUCUACUUCAGCUGGAAAGUGGGCACCCUAUUCAAUAGGACCACGUAUCUGUUUAGGAUUCCGAUUGGCCAACGACGCUGAAUUUUUAGCCAUUUCCAAAAUAUUCCAUCGAUUUAAAGUAACAUCGGUUGAUGGAUCUCAAUUGGAUGAAACCCCUCGUUUUGGCUUGUCAGUAUCCCCAAAACAUGGACAUCUUUACAAGUUUGAUCUAAUCAAACAAUCAAAUUAA